AUGGAGCGUGAAACUGCUGCCAUAAUAGGUCCCCAGUACUCAGUAAUGGCACAUGUGAUUUCACACGUAGCAAAUGAGAUGCAAGUGCCUCUCCUUUCAUUUUCAGCAACAGACCCUACGCUGACUUCACUGCAGUUCCCAUAUUUUGUUCGGACAACGCAGAGUGAUCUGUAUCAGAUGACUGCUGUGGCAGACAUUGUUGAUCACUUUCAAUGGAGAGAUGUCAUAGCCAUUUACAUCGAUGAUGAUCAUGGAAGAAAUGGGGUGUCCGUUUUAGGGGAUAAGCUAGCAGAGAAACGUGGUAAAAUAUCACACAAAGCAACACUUAAUCCUGGUAACAUUACUCGGGAAGAAAUAAACAGUGCAUUAGUUAAGAUAGCUUUAAUGCAAUCAAGGGUAAUAGUCCUUCAUAUAUACCCUUCUUUUGGUCUAGAUGUAUUGAAUGUGGCUCGUUCACUUAACAUGAUGGGAAGUGGCUAUGUGUGGAUAGCCACAGAUUGGCUUUCUACAUUAUUAGAUUCAAACCCAUCAUUGUUCACCACUCAAUCCAUAAAUGACAUCCAAGGUCUUAUCACCUUGCGCAUGUAUACCCCUGAGUCAGAAAUCAAAAGAAAAUUUAGUUCUAGUUGGAACAAACUGAGCAAGGAAAAGGAUCCUGUUGAGGGUCCUUUCCCAUUGAACACCUUUGGCUUUUACGCCUACGACACUGUUUGGGUGCUUGCUUCUGCACUGGAUGCGUUUUUCAGGAGUGGGGGAACAUUGUCAUUUUCAAAUGAUUCAAGUCUAAACAUGUUAAGGGGGGGAAGUUUUGAGCUUGAUAGCAUGAGAGUGUUUCUUGAUGGUGAGAAACUGCUUAAAAGAAUUUUAGAGGUGAACAGAAGUGGUCUAACAGGGGAAAUGAUGUUUGGACAAGAUGGAAACUUGGUGCAUUCAUCGUAUGAAGUAAUUAAUGUGAUAGGCAGUGGAAUUAGGAGGAUUGGUUAUUGGUCUGAAACAUCUGGCCUCCACACUGGUGAGUCUCCUAAUCAUUCCAUUUCUGGUGAUGGACUCUAUGGUGUCAUCUGGCCUGGUCAAACCAUUCAAACCCCACGUGGAUGGGUUUUUUCCAACAAUGGUAAACCCUUGAGAAUUGGGGUGCCACUUAGAAUUAGUUAUCGUGAGUUUGUGUCAAGAACUGAGGGAACUGAGAUGUUUGGUGGUUAUUGCAUAGAUGUGUUCACUGCUGCUCUCAGCUUGUUGCCAUAUCCCGUUCCCUACAAGUUUUUUUCAUUUGGAGACGGUAAAACCAACCCAUUAAAUUCAGAUCUUCUUCACAUGAUAACAGUCGGUGCCUUCGAUGCUGUGGUGGGAGACAUAACCAUUACUACUAACCGAACCAAGAUAGUGGACUUUACUCAGCCAUAUAUUGAGUCUGGGCUCGUUGUUGUGGCUCCUAUCAAGAAGUUGAAAUCCAGUGCUUGGGCUUUCCUAACACCAUUCAGUCCAAUGAUGUGGUUUGUGACAGGAAUGUUUUUCUUAGUGGUGGGAGCUGUUGUGUGGAUUUUAGAGCGUCGCAUAAAUGAUGACUUUAGAGGCCCUGCCAGAAGACAAUUUGUCACCAUUAUUUGGUUUAGCUUCUCAACCCUAUUUUUUGCACAUAGAGAAAAAACUGUUAGCACCCUUGGUCGCUUUGUGCUGAUCAUAUGGCUGUUUGUGGUUUUGAUACUAAACUCAAGCUACAUUGCAAGUCUGACCUCUAUCCUAACAGUGGAACAACUCUCUUCACCGAUUAAAGGAAUCGAAAGCUUAGUAAUAAGCAACGAUCGUAUUGGUUUCCUGAGGGGUUCAUUUGCUGAGAAUUAUCUGAUAGAGGAGCUGAACAUACACAGGUCCAGGCUUGUUCCUCUGAACUCCCCAUCAGAAUAUGAAAAAUCCUUGAAGGAUGGAGCAGCUAACGGUGGUGUUGCUGCAAUAAUAGAUGAACGUGCAUAUAUGGAACUCUUCCUAGCCACCAGAUGUGAAUUUGGUAUCGUGGGUCAGGAGUUCACCAAGAUGGGAUGGGGCUUUGUAAGUAUAUAAAUUAUAAAUUACUUCUCUUCUGUGAAACUCAACAUCACAUAUACCAAAUUCAUCAUUCAAAGUAGUACUAAGAUAGGU